UGGGACUUAACUAUUUUCGAAAAAAAAAAAAACAAAACAAAACCGAGCAUAACUAUUAGCAAAACCUGAAUAGCAAAAUCUAUUACUAAAAGCUAAUGAGUACAAUUUGCAAACACUUGUGACCAUAAUGGCAAGGAGUAGGUCAACGACAACAAGCGCUUUCUUCUUCCUCUGCCUUUACUCUUCGUUUUAUCUCACCGCUUCAACAACUCCUCUCUUCCCCAAAGACGCCCUCCCCACCAAAUCUGGCUACCUUCCGGUCAACCACGCCACUGGUUCUGCUAUUUUUUAUGCCUUCUAUGAAGCUCAAACCCCCACUUCCCCUCACUCCAAAACCCCACUUCUCAUUUGGCUCCAAGGUGGCCCUGGAUGCUCCUCCAUGAUUGGCAACUUGUUUGAGCUCGGACCAUGGCGUGUUGUUUCUUCUCACAUGAAAAACGCUCAUAAUUUGACUCUUGAGCGCAAUCCAGGUUCUUGGAACCGCUUUUUUGGUCUUCUUUUUCUCGAUAAUCCUAUUGGAACAGGGUUUAGCAUUGCAUCGACGCCGCAAGAAAUUCCCAGAGACCAACUUUCUGUUGCCAAGCAUUUGUUUGCUGCUAUCACUGAUUUUACCUCAUUAGAUCCGUUGUUUAAGGAUCGUCCUAUUUAUAUUACUGGUGAGAGUUAUGCAGGAAAGUAUGUUCCUGCAAUUGGGUACUAUAUUUUGAAAAAAAAUCCCCAGUUGCCGGUUUCACGAAGAGUGAACUUCAGGGGUGUCGCUAUAGGUGAUGGACUAACGGAUCCGGUCACCCAGGUGACAACUCAUGCAGACAAUGCUUACUAUUGUGGUUUAGUCAACGAGAGGCAAAAGGGUGAACUUGAGGAAGCACAAAGGGAGGCUGUUGAGUUGGUUAAGAUGGGGAACUGGAGUGAGGCAACAAAUGCUAGAAGCAAGGUCUUAAGCAGGCUGCAAAACAUGACUGGUUUGGCAACUUUGUAUGACUUCACAAAGAAAAUCCCUUACCAGACAGAAUUUGCUGUCAGAUUUCUUAACAUAGCUGAAGUAAAAAGAGCAUUAGGAGUGAAUGAAUCCAUGGUUUUCGAGGAGUGCAGCGAUGUUGUUGGGGAUGUAUUGCAUGAAGAUGUGAUGAAGAGCGUGAAGUACAUGGUGGAGUUCUUGGUGAAGAACAGCAAGGUACUGUUGUAUCAAGGGCUAUAUGAUUUAAGGGAUGGUGUGGUAUCAACAGAGGCAUGGGUGAAGACCAUGAAAUGGGAAGGGAUUGAGAAGUUCAAGAUGGCUGAUAGAGUGAUUUGGAAAGUAAACGGAGAGCUUGCAGGGUACCUGCAAAAAUGGGCGAGCUUGACCAAUGUUGUAGUUUCAGGAGCAGGGCAUCUUUUGCCUGCUGACCAAGCUUUGAAUUCUCAGGCUAUGAUUGAGGAUUGGGUUUUGGAGAAGGGCCAAUUUGGUGGAAAGCAAAGAGGAUCAUCGACAAAAUUCAGGGCAACACUCUAAAAUGUUAUUGCUCUUAAACUUGUUCUUUAUCUGUAAGUUUCAAGCUAUGUAAUCUAUGCUAUUCAAUAAAAAGAAAUCCACGACCCCUUUUUGUCA